AUGAAACUAUUGUUCCCUUCAGCUGGUAAUAAACAUUGUCUCAAUGUACUAUGUCCUGGAUUUGUAUUAGUAAAUACUAAGGUACCUGUUGAUUUGGUUUUUGAUGAUGUUUCACAACGUGGAAAAGGGGAUUCACUGGAGUUUACAGCGUACAUCGAUAGGGAUCUUGUCAAUGGAAACUGGUGGCUUUUGAUUGACAAUCUUGAUGAACGCUAUCAACAAGUAGGUUUUUGGCCUCAAAAGAUCUUCACUAGCUUGACAAGCUUUGCUAAUAACGUUGAGUGGGGAGGCGUCACAUAUAGCCCACCAGGUGUGCCUAAACCUCCAAUGGGCUCAAGUUUUUUUCCUGUUGGAAACACCGGUUAUGAUGCUUAUUGUAGGAACCUUACAGUUUUAAAUAUUGAAGCCGGAAUAAUAAACGUAGAUGUUGAUGAUCCUAAUUUGUAUAAAGUUUCAGAUUACCCACAUAUGAGACCUGGAAAGUCCCAACACUAUGUAUUGUAUGGAGGACCAGGAGAGAGUCAUCAACUCUAA